CAAGAGCCUUCGGCGAUGGAGCGCCUUCUAAUGCUUGUGUCCUUCUCCGCCGAAUCCGAGCGCGGAGGCGGCCACGUGCGCGGAGACACAGCGGCCAGGUCCCAGGUUCUGAGAAGCCCGUCUCGGUCCCGGGGCAAGGACAACAAAAUGACCCGACCACGGGACAGCCCGACCCCAAACGGCCCAGCUCCUCCUCGGUGGCCGCCGGCCGGCUCCUCCAGGCUUAUUUACAUUUUCUUGCUCUUCCUCUGUCCACAGAACAAUCUCACACUUUACAUCUACCCUCAGGAGCUGAGUCGAACUCGGCGAAGUUCUUCUCCAAGGGCAAGUGGAAGGGCAGCGAAGCGGGAUAGAUCUUUACGAGCAUGGUAGGGGGAAGGAGCGGUGGGGAGGCGGAGGGCGGAGGGCGGAGACCCUCGGGUCUCCGCGGCCCUCGGGGGCGCCGGGCGGGCGGGGCCGGGGGAGGACGGGAGCGCCCCCAGGCGCGGCCGCCGGCAGCCAUUUUGCCCGCGAGCCGCACCUCGCAGGUCGAGCGGGCGAGCAAGCGAGCGAGCGGGCGGGGCGGUUAGGGGCGCCGCCCCGGGGCCCCGCCCCGCCGGCGACUCUCGGGAGCGCGGGCCUCGAGCGCACUACCGACGCACAGACAGCGGGGAGAGCAGCCGUCCUCUGCGGGAGCCGCGGGUCGGGAAAACCGUUUCAGCUGCUGUUGGAGAGUGUGUUUGCAGGAGACUGAGGAAGACCCAUCAGGAACCGAAAAUGCCGAAACCAAUCAACGUCCGAGUUACCACCAUGGACGCGGAGCUGGAGUUUGCCAUCCAGCCAAAUACAACAGGAAAACAGCUUUUCGAUCAGGUGGUUAAGACCAUCGGCCUUCGGGAAGUGUGGUACUUUGGCCUCCAGUAUGUGGAUAAUAAAGGAUUUCCUACCUGGUUGAAACUUGAUAAAAAGGUGUCCGCCCAGGAGGUCAGAAAGGAGAACCCUCUGCAGUUCAAGUUCCGGGCCAAGUUCUACCCCGAAGACGUGUCCGAGGAGCUCAUCCAGGACAUCACGCAGAAGCUUUUCUUCCUGCAAGUGAAGGAGGGGAUUCUCAGUGAUGAGAUUUACUGCCCGCCCGAGACGGCGGUGCUGCUGGGCUCCUACGCUGUGCAGGCCAAGUUCGGAGACUACAGCAAGGACCCGCACAAGUCCGGGUACCUCGGCUCUGAGCGGCUGAUCCCUCAAAGAGUCAUGGACCAGCACAAGCUCACCAGGGACCAGUGGGAGGACCGGAUCCAGGUGUGGCACGCCGAGCACCGCGGGAUGCUCAAAGACAGUGCUAUGUUGGAGUAUCUGAAGAUUGCCCAGGACCUGGAAAUGUAUGGGAUCAACUAUUUUGAGAUAAAAAAUAAGAAAGGAACAGACCUUUGGCUUGGAGUUGACGCCCUUGGACUAAAUAUUUAUGAGAAAGAUGAUAAGUUGACCCCAAAGAUUGGCUUCCCGUGGAGCGAAAUCAGGAACAUCUCUUUCAAUGACAAAAAGUUUGUCAUUAAGCCCAUCGACAAGAAGGCUCCUGACUUCGUGUUCUAUGCCCCCCGCCUGCGAAUUAACAAGCGGAUCCUGCAGCUGUGCAUGGGGAACCACGAGCUGUACAUGCGCCGCAGGAAGCCCGACACCAUCGAGGUGCAGCAGAUGAAGGCCCAGGCCCGGGAGGAGAGGCACCAGAAGCAGCUGGAGCGGCAGCAGUUGGAAACCGAGAAGAAAAGGAGAGAGACCGUGGAGAGAGAAAAAGAGCAGGUGACGCGUGAGAAGGAGGAGCUGAUGCUCAGGCUUCAGGACUACGAGGAGAAAACCAGGAAAGCGGAGAAAGAGCUCUCGGACCAGCUCCAGCGAGCACUAAAGCUGGAGGAGGAGAGGAAGCGGGCGCAGGAGCAGGCCGAGCGCCUGGAGGCCGAGCGCCUGGCCGCGCUGCACGCCAAGGACGAGCUGGAGAGGCAGGCGGCGGAUCAGAUCAAGAGCCAGGAGCAGCUGGCCACGGAACUCGCCGAGUACACCGCCAAGAUCGCCCUCCUGGAGGAGGCGCGGCGGCGCAAGGAGGACGAGGUGGAGGAGUGGCAGCUCCGGGCCAAAGAAGCCCAGGAUGAUCUGGUAAAGACCAAGGAGGAGCUGCACCUGGUGAUGACCACGCCCCCGCCGCCUCCGCCCCCCGUGUACGAGCCCGUUAACUACCAUGUCCAGGAGAACCCGCAGGAGGAGGGCACGGAGUACACGGGCUACAGCGCCGAGCUGUCCAGUGAGGGCAUCCUGGACGACCGCAACGAGGAGAAGCGCGUCACCGAGGCCGAGAAGAACGAGCGCGUGCAGCGGCAGCUGAGGACCCUGACCAGCGAGCUGUCCCAGGCCAGAGACGAGAACAAGCGGACCCACAACGACAUCAUCCACAACGAGAACGUGAGGCAAGGCCGGGACAAGUACAAGACGCUGCGUCAGAUCCGCCAGGGCAACACCAAGCAGCGCAUCGACGAGUUCGAGGCCAUGUAAAGCGCGCCGCCGCCCGGGCUCGGCGGAGCGGGGGCCGCUGGCCGCCUCGAACGCGUACUUGUAUGGAUCGUUCUCGAAACCUACAGCCCUCAUCGUCCUCCAGGCCCUUUAAAAAGAGAGUAGUUACUUCAGUGGGAAUGGUCUAGGGCUGGGAGUUUUAUUUUUCCCAACUGUAUCAUAGUGCCAAACAGGCCUGAUUUUUAUUUUUAUUAUUAUUGAAUCACUUCCUGUUUUAUGCUUGGAGCAGGACUGAAUCAAUUAAGAUGCCUGUAAUGUCUGAAUAACUAACUAUAACUCCGUGCUGGCAUGUGUGAUACGAGAUUCCAUAUACUUAAAACCACAUCGUGGCUUAUAUUCUGUGCCAUACUUUUUUCUAUUUGAAAUUAGCUGAAACUGAUUUCUUCUUGAUUUCUAUGAAGGAUGCAUCUCUGUAUAUUUGGUUUGUGAAGGGUGAAAUUUUUGAAAAGUCUGAGGCACUCUCACACACACACUUGCACACACGAUUUCCUUCCUCCAGGCCUUCAGUUCAGUUGAUGAAAUCCUGUGAUCACUGGAUCAUUCAGGAUAAACAAACAAUGCAGGAGACUGUAUUCUUGGAUUUUUUUUCUUUCUUUUUCUGCUGAACAGUUAGUUAGAGGGCUACGUUGUUGGACUUACCCACCUGAAUAAUGAUCAGCUGUAGAGUACGGUAUUUAUAUGUAAGUGAUGAUAUGGGUUUCUAACUAACAUUAGUUUAAAAAAGGGAAAGUUUCAUUCUGUAUAUUUUGUUACCUUUUACAGAAUAAUAAAAAUUACCUAU